GCGCCCGAGGAGGAGUUCCUGUUAAUCCAAACAUCGACGAAAUAACAUCCACAGACAUUUAUCGAUACCGAAUUCAUCAAACCUCAUCGAGUUACCCAACAGCAUGGCAGCUCAGAAGAUAAACGAAGCUCAUGAGCAUAUGGCUAAAGCUGAAAAAUGCUUAAAGACGAGUCUGACAAAGUGGAAGCCUGAUUUUGACAGUGCUGCUUCAGAAUACGCCAAAGCAGCCGUGUGCUUCAAGAAUGCAAAGCAGUAUGAUCAAGCAAAAGAUGCUUACCUGAAAGAAGCUGAAUAUCACACAGAAAACAAGACGCUUUUCCAUGCUGCAAAGGCUAUUGAACAGGCAGGUAUGAUGAUGAAGGAGCAAAAGAAGAUGCCCGAGGCCAUCCAGUACAUAGAGAAAGCCUGUAUGAUGUACAUGGAGAAUGGGACUCCUGACACUGCUGCCAUGGCUCUGGACCGGGCUGGAAAACUGAUCGAGCCUAUAAACCUAGAGAAAGCUGUGGACCUGUAUCAGAAGGCAGCUGGCGUGUUUGAGAAUGAGGACCGCCUGCGUCAGGCAGUUGAACUGCUGGGGAAAGCCUCCAGACUUCUGGUCCGGUUAAGAAGGUUGGAUGAAGCAUCAGUCGCUCUGCAGAAAGAGAAGAACAUGUACAAAGAGAUUGAGAACUUCCCCAUGUGCUUCAAGAAAACAACUGCUCAAGUGCUGGUUCAUCUUCAUAGAGGGGACUACGUCGCUGCUGAUAAAUGUGUCAGAGAAAGUUACAGUCUGCCCGGGUACAGUGGAAGUGAAGAUAGCGUUGCCAUGGAGACACUACUGCAGGGCUACGACGAGCAGGACGAGGACCAGGUCUACCGUGUCUGCAACUCACCUUUACUGAAGUACAUGGACAAUGAUUACGCCAAGCUGGCUAUUUCUCUGAGGGUACCCGGAGGAGGAGGAAAGAAGAAGAAGGCUGCUGCUCCACAAGGCGGCGCUAGCGGGGCGCCAGCUGCCGCAGAGGAUGAGGAUGAUUACGAGGGCGGGCUGUGUUAGCCUUCAGCCUCCAGAGUGCCGACUGUACCCAUCUGCUGCUCCACCACGAAGACACCCUCUGUGUGUACGAGUUAAAAACCUUGACAAAUCCUUUCAGCUCUGAAGCCCACACGUGUGGCUCUUUAAUCUUUAUUGUGCAAGAUAUUAAGAAAAAAAGCAAUUUAAAAAAAAAAAAACAACAGUUGCAGUUGGUGUUGCAGAGGAGUCGAGUUUAAGCAGCCCCUUUUUAAUUUGUGUUUCUUUGAGGUGGAUCCUCAGUGUCAUGAUGAAAAAUCGUCAAUGUUCAAUAAUGUAUGAAAGCCUGGUGUUUGUAAAAGUUCUCUUGUUUUUUCGUCUCUGUGAAGCUGUACAUUUUGCUCUUAUCGUUUGUGAGUAGAGUCUUGAGAUCGCUAUAAGUAUAUUAAAAUCAGAAACACUCUAAAUAUUGAGUUGAUCAGUGUAUAGGUGUUUAUUUGUACAGAGUUAAAUUAUUCAGUAUUUUACGGCUGCAGCCUGUUGAGAAAUAUUACUGGAACAAUAUGCAAUAAGUUUGUUAAUGCAUGUUUGGAAUAAUGCAACAGUAAAUCAAAUAAAUGUGAAUAUUAAGGUUUAAAAAUGGAUUGACCCUAUUGUCUUUAACAUUAGCGCUUAUUCAACUUAUAAAAAGAUCAGUUAUAAUGGUGCAGCUUGUUGCCAACUAUAGACUGUUUUCAAGGUGUGUGUGAUAUCUUACACCUUAUUUAAAAAAUAGUUACGGCUGUGUCUUUAUUCCUCAUUUCCGCAGUACAAUUGUCGAAUUAAAGUGACAAAAACAUGAAAAAGGGACCCUGCAGUGAUGUUUUCAGUGUAUUCUCCCCACUGAUUUCCUCUUAGAAGCUGGAUUUGUGUCUUUGUGUUUUGUCUUAGAGGCUCACUUUGAUGGGGAAAAAAUAUUUUCAUGCCAAUUAAAAUUGUUCUGGUACAACACAACUAACACAGUUAUAAAGGGAUUGUUUACAUUUUUUUUAUUUUAUUCGUGGUGUUGCCCACUUCUUAUAUAUUCCUCAAAAGCAUAUCUCCAAACUUUGCACAUGCAUCAAUAAACAUUUCCAUUGUGUGGCA